CCUAACUCCAGGUUUCCUCACAAUCUUCCAUUUUUAUUAUUAUUAUUUCUGACAAGAACUCUUCUGUCUUCUUCUUCUUCUUCUCAUCAAACCCUAGCUAUCUGAUCUUUCUGCGUAUUUCUUCAACUUUGAAAUGACAAGGAGGAAGAUAGAGAUAAAGAAGAUCGAGAACGUAGCAGCGAGGCAAGUGGCUUUCUCAAAGAGAAGGAAAGGUCUAUUCAAGAAGGCCGUGGAGCUCUCUACUCUCUGUGAUGCUGAGAUUGCACUCUGUGUGUUUUCUGCUUCUGGCAAACUCUUUGAUUACUGUAGUACAAGCAUGAGGCAAGUGAUUGAAAGGAGAAACUUGCACUCCUCGAAUGUUGACCUUGCCAAGACAUACCAGCCAUCUCUUGAGCUGCAGGUAGAAGGUGAAUAUUUUAAGCUAAACAAGGAACUGAGAGAAAAGACUCGUGAACUGAGGCAGCUCAAUGGAGAAGAACUUCAAGGAUUGACCUUAAGAGAACUAAAGAAGCUAGAAGGUCUAAUUAGCACAUGCUUGCAUCGUGUUUCAAAAGCCAAGGCUGAAGCAUUUGAACAGGAGAUCAGUAUUCUUAAGAAAAAGGUAGACGUGCUCGUGGAUGAAAACCAGAGACUAGAACAGGUUCAGAGGCUUGCGCAUGAACAAGACCAAUCAUCGGCCAUCACAACGAUGCCACUCUUUCCCUGAAUCAAAUUAAAAUCUCCGAAUAACAAUCCGUAUUAUUGGACUAAUUAUGGGUUAGUUUUUUCAAAUAUGUGCGUGCAUGCUUACGUAUAUAUGUGAACAGUUGUGUGUCAUUGUUUCAACUUUGUUAAUUAUUAUUCAUGUUUCUGUACAAGUGCAGUGAAGGAAAAACAGUCAAUUUGUUCUUCUAAUUUGUAUAAUGUGUUGUUUUGUAUUAUAAUACAAUAAAACAAUAGUAAUCUAUCUGGUCGAAUGUUGAUUGCACAACAUUAUUUGACUUCUAUUGGCAAAAAUCAAUAGUGUUCAUGCAUUCCCACAAAAAAAAAAAAAGAGAGACUAGUGCAAUUAUUUCCUCUUGCUAAUGCGUCUACAAGGACUCUUUGAUCAGUUUAGAGGUUUGUCCUGGUCUAUGAGUUUAUAAGAUUCAACUCGCCUACAUAAAAUCACCAUAUUGAAAUUCCAGAAAAGAAACAUCAAUUUUUAGAUGAAUGAGUGGUGAGAAAAGUUGUUGAGUUAGGGUUAUUCAUAAGCCAGCUAGUGUAAACAAAGGCCCAAAACA